AUGAAUCAUAACAUCCAACCGUUCGAAAUCGGUGAUUCGGCUUCUGUGGGAAGACGGUGGACAGCAUGGAAACGAUCGUUCGAGCUGUACCUAGCCUGUAACACCACGGUGACGGCUGAUAAGAAGAAGGCUAUGCUGUUGCACUUGGCCGGUCAGGAAGUGCAAGAAGUGUUUUACGAUGACCCCAACCACGAAGCAGGGGCAGCCCAAGGCAGUGAUGUUUACAUAAGUGCUAUUGAGAUUCUUGAUCAGCACUUCCAGCCGAUUGUUUGCAUCCCCCACGAGCGGGCAGUUUUUAGGAAAAUGUCUCAAAACGAAAGUGAAAGUGUAGCUAAAUUUGUGAGGCGCCUACGUCACCAGGGAGUGCUAUGUGAAUACGGAAAUGCCCUGGAAAUGCGCAUAACAGAGCAAGUCUUUGACGGCUGUCUGUCUAACGGGUUGCGGGAGGUUAUUUUGAAGAAACGCCUGACGCAAUUGGCGGAAAUUUUGGAAGAGGGAAAAGUGCUGGAGACGAUCGACCUGAACCAACAACAAUCGGGAGCAGGAGGGCCUGCAAGUGUAAACAAAGUGAAGAGUGGUACAAACAAAUGUUUUCGCUGUGGUUCUUCGAAACAUUAUGCCAAUGACAUAAAGUGCCCGGCACGGAAGGAAAAGUGCGAUAAAUGUGGAAUAAAGGGACACUAUAAAAAUCAAUGUAAGACGAAGAACUUCUCUGCGAAAACGAAGAAGAAAGUGCGACAAGUGGAAGAGUCAGAAGACGAAGAAGAGGAAGAUGGAAAAAUAAAUAGUGAUAAUGAAAGUGAAAGUGACGAAAGUGAUGCGUACCAUGUAUUCGCGACAAAGAACGAGAAAUCGACGCUGGAGAUUCGAGAAGUGAACAGCAACAAAUAUAAUUCCAAGGUUAAGUGCUUGGUCGGAGGAGUACCUUUGGAAUGGCUAGUGGAUUCCGGUGCCUCAGUGAAUGUUAUCGACGAAAAUACCUGGCGGAAGCUGAAGAAUAGUGGAUGUAAGGUGAGCUGUGAAAGUGUCGAGUCGAAAAAGAAACUUCUGGCGUACGGCAACCACCGGCUGGAAGUGAAAGGAGUGUUCAAAACGGAUAUUUCCCACGGAGCGAUGACGGUGCAUCGGGAGGUGUAUGUGAUAAAAGGGCAUGGCACUAAUCUAUUGAGCAAGAUUACUUCGAUGGAUCUCGGAAUACUACAAAUCACUUCGGAUGUUUUGGAAAUAGCAGAAGUGAAGUCAGCAGAAAUUGGAAAGGCAAAGGAUCUACAGGUGAAGAUCAACAUAGACCGCAGCAUUCACCCUGUCCAGCAGCCGUGUCGAAGGCUACCUAUCCCGUUGCAGAAAGUUGUUGACGAAGAAAUUCAAAAGCUCCUCGACCAAGAUAUAAUAGAGGCGGUGACUGAUAAAAUUACAUGGGCCUCACCUCUAGUCGUUACACCAAAGGACGGAGGUCGUCGAGUACGAUUGUGCGUGGACAUGAGGAAGGCGAACACAGCAAUAAUCCCAGAGCGACACCCUUUACCUGUGUUCGAGGACAUGAUGCCUUACCUCAACGGCUGUAAAUUUUUCUCGAAAGUUGACUUGAACCAGGCCUUCCAUCAGCUAGAACUACAUCCAGACUCUCGAGAGAUAACCACGUUCGUCACGACCAAGUGCUACUACCGAUUCAAAAGACUCAUGUUCGGUAUGAACUGCGCCGCUGAGGUGUUUCAGCGAGAAAUGGAGAAGAUACUCAAAGGACUGGAUGGAGUGAUCAUCUUCAUAGACGAUAUCCUAAUCUUUGGUCGUACGAAAGCCGAGCACAAUCGACGGGUCACAGCGGUGAUGAAAAGAUUGAAAGAUCACGGGCUAACGGUAAAUCAACGUAAAUGCCAAUUCGAACGUGAAAAGGUUACUUUCAUGGGACACGAACUGUCGGCUCAAGGAAUCUUGCCCAUGCAGGAGAAAAUAAGUGCUGUAAAAUCGUUCCGUCGCCCAGAAACAGCUGAAGAAGUCCGCAGCUUCCUUGGCUUAGCCAACUACGUGGGGAAGUUCAUACCGAACCUAUCGAGCAUCAGCACGCCCCUGCGCGACAUGACACGAAAGGGAGUCAAAUUUCAAUGGACCAAGCAGGCGAACAAAGCGUUCGAGGCAAUCAAAAACGCGCUCUCGAAUCCCAAGCAUCUUGGAUUCUACAAUCCCAACAGAAAAACAACUCUCAUCGUCGAUGCUAGUGCAACCGGUCUUGGAGCAGUCCUGCUCCAAGAAAAUAACGGGAAACAGCGCGUGAUAAGCUAUGCCAGUAAAAGCUUAUCGAAGACUGAGCAGAAAUAUUCCGUCCUGGAUAAGGAGGCCAUGGCAAUCUAUUGGGGAGUAAACCGUUUCCAAAUGUAUCUGCACGGAAAGGAGUUUACGGUGAUGACGGACCAUAAGCCACUGUUGAAGAUAUUUGCCACGGACUCCUCGCCGAAUGCAAGACAACAGCGAUGGGUACUCCAUCUUCAAGCGUACCGGUACAAAUUAUUAUAUGUCCCGGGAAAAGUCAAUAUUGCUGACCCCCUUUCGCGCCUCGCCCAAAUCGGUGAGUGUCCCAGCUGCGACCGUGAAUGUGACAUGGACUUAUGUGCCAUUGCCGAAAGCGCUUUGCCGAAUACUGUGACAAUGACGGAACUAAUACAGUUUUCUGAAGAUGAUCCAGAACUCAGGCUGCUCAGAAAAUCAAUCAAUUCUGGAAAGUGGGAUCCCGAAUUAAAGCCAUACCAGCCAUUUCAAAACGAGCUGUGCUGCGCUAGACAAAUAGUACUUCGGCACAAUAAAAUCGUCGUUCCGAAAAGCCUACGAGGUAGAGUGCUUGAGCUAGCUCACAUUGGACACCCUGGUUGCAACAAAAUGAAACGAAGACUACGGGCUGCUCUAUGGUGGCCAGGUGUAGAUAAGGAAGCUGAACUAAAGUGCAAAAAGUGUGUGGAGUGUCAAGCUGUUGGAAAAGGUCCCAAUCCGGAGCCAUUGCGCAUAAGGGAGAUGCCUACCGCACCAUGGAGCCAUCUAAGUUGCGAUUUCCUCGGUCCUUUACCAGAUGGUAAGUUCCUGUUUGUACUCGUCGAUUUAUAUAGCAGGUACUGUGUGGUAGAAGUAAUGACUACGACAACGUCCGCCGCGGUGAUUCAACGCCUCGAAAGGAUAUUCACACGGCUGGGGCUCCCGGAGGUCUUGACUACAGACAAUGCAUCCAAUUUCUGUAGCCAGCAAUUCAAGGAUUUUUGCGUUGAUAACGGCAUAAAACUCGCACAUACGACUCCAUACUGGCCAGCCGCUAACGGGGAAGUCGAACGACAGAAUCGGUCAAUCCUCAAGGCUUUGAAGAUCGGUCGCAUGAAAGGAGAAUCCGUCGAGACCAGUCUGCAGAACUACCUGUACAUGUACACGGUUACACCUCACUCGGUUACCAGCGUAUCGCCAGCCGAAUUGAUGUUCGGGAGACGUUUUCGCGACAAGUUCCCGCACUUCAACGACGAACCAGUUGUAGAAGAGGAGGUGAAGGAUCGAGACCUAGCGGCAAAGUUCCAAGCGAAGCUCUAUCGUGAUGCAAGACUCAAUGCCAAAGAAUCCACCAUCAAAGUUGGCGACCAAGUACUGAUGAAGUUGCAACAGAGGGACAACAAGCUUGCACCAAACUUCCACCCAAGGCCAGUGGUUGUAGUCAACAAAAACGGCAGCAGUAUUACGGUCCGUACAGAGAAUGGAGAGGUAUACAAACGUAAUUCAUCCCACCUCAAGCCUUUCCUGAAUGACGCAGAUGACGACGAUACAGUGGGUUCAGAGUUCGAGUCCGAGGAAACCCCUGCUGAUACUGAACAGUCGACGUCUCCUGGAACUCCUGUUAAGGUGCCCAGUCCAAUGGUAACGGUACCUCAGCGCAGCAGCGCGGUAAGAUCCAACCAGAAGAACAUUUCAAAUGAACGCCCUAAGCGUAACGUUAAAGCUCCUAUUAAGUACAAAGAUUACAUGUUAGAUUUUGAUUAG